UCCAUUAUAUAAUCAACCACUCCCCUCCCCUCCCUUCAUUUUGGAGUCCACCAUUAAACCUUCCAAAACCCUCCCAAAUUCUUGCAACAAAACAUGAAGCUCCAACAACAAACAAGAAGCAACAAAUCCUCCUCCUUCUCCACUUUCUUCCUAGCCACUCUUCUUCUUCUUGCCCUUCACUCACAAUCCUCCUUCGCGCAGGAAGUUGAGGAUGAGAGGGAAUUUGACUACAAAAGAGGAAGCCAAAAGGGUCCCUCGAAAUGGGGAGAGCUGAAGAAAGACUGGAAAGCUUGCAAAACAGGUCACCUCCAGUCCCCAAUCGACAUGUCGGAUCAGAGGGUGAAGUUGCUCAACAGAUCGCUAGACAUCAACAGGAGUUACAAGCCUGCAAACGCCAUUGUCAAGAACAGGGGACAUGACAUUUCGCUUCAAUGGAAGGGGUCGGAUGCAGGGUCGAUAAGAAUCAAUGGGACUAAGUAUCUGCUCCAGCAAUGCCACUGGCACUCUCCUUCCGAGCACACCGUCAAUGGCAGGAGCUAUGACAUGGAGCUCCACAUGGUCCACUUCAAUCCAGAGACGAAGGGAAUUGCUGUUGUAGGUGUGCUGUAUAAGGCUGACAAACCAGAUCAGUUCCUGUCGAAAUUGAUCAAGGACAUUAAAUCCAUUGAGCACGACGAGAUGGAUAAGAACAAGAAGAAAAAGAUUGAGAAGGAAAUGGGUGUAAUGGACCCUAGAGAGAUUAAGAUGGGAGGCAAGAAGUAUUAUAGAUACAUUGGCUCCCUCACUGUCCCACCAUGCACAGAAGGAGUCAUUUGGACCAUGAGCAGAAAGAUAAGGACAGUUUCCAGAGACCAAAUCAAAGCCCUUCGUGAUGCAGUCCACGAUUAUGCAGAGCAAAAUGCCAGGCCAGUUCAGCAGCUCCAUCAGAGAGAAGUAGACCUUUAUGGACCAAGCAGUGUCGAGACUCCCAAUUGAAGUCACAGUUUUCCCCUUGGUCAAGCUGCUUCUAUUUUUUGCUUGUGGAUUCCAGAAAGAAAAUAUAAUUUCCACCAUAUACUAUGGUUUUCCUCUGAUGUAGUUCUCAAGUUCUGACCCUAAAUAAUAGAUUAUUCUUUAU